AGAAUAUAUGUCGAAUGAUAAUUCUGUCAUCAUAAGUUUCGAUAUUUUGUAUUCACAAAUUGUACGUUAAAACAUGAAUAUUAAAUGGCAGACGUUUCCGAAGUUGUUUGUCGUGCUGCCAAUUUUGCACUAUGCCCUAGCAGUGUUUAUGCACGCUGAGUCCGAAGAGCACAAGCGGAAGAAGGAGCUGGCUGAAAAGGUCAACUCAAAGACGCCAAUUGUAAUUAAUUUAUAA